UUGUUCGUCUGGCUCGUUUGGCCACAAAACAUUGCGCCCACGAUUCCCCUCGCGGACAGCGUCCUUGGGGCAUCAGCCACCUUCUGCAGACUGCAUCCCAAGUUGAAUCAGCUUUGCUCCCAGAGCCGGAACUGCAAGACCGCAACCCACGAAACCUCCCACCAGCUCGACUUGCCACAGCAGGCCCCCGACGCUUGUAACAGCACCAGACUCUCCAGCCUCCGAACAUGGACACGAUAUUUGUGCUGCUGGCGCAUAUGCGUCCUAGCUUCGCCUUCCUCGAGUCUCCGAGCUUCUGGUUCUGGACUUUUCUCAUCCUCUGGGUUCACCGUUAUCUCCGCCUUAUUGUGCACACCUUCAGCCACUGGUUCUACAAGUCCAAACCGAUCCCUGCGAAGCCCACAUUCACUGCCGACGACGUGACUGUCAUCAUCCCGACCAUCCACAAUGUCUUUGAGGAGCUUCGCCCGUCGCUUCAGAGCAUCCUGGCAUGCCAGCCGCACGAGCUGAUUUUGGUCACGACCAGAGACAAGUUCGAGGCCCUUGAGAAGUUCGCCAAAACUCUUCCUUCGAUUCGCAUCCGCGUCUUUUGGACCCCAAUCGCCAACAAGCGGUUGCAAGUAUGCGAGGCUCUCCCUCGCGUCCGAACCGCCAUCACCAUCAUGGCCGACGACGACGUCACAUGGCCCUCGACACUGAUCCCUUGGAUCUUGGCACCGUUUGAGGAUCCUGAGAUCGGAGGUGUCGGCACCUGCCAGCGGGUUCGCCGCGAGCCCGAUGGCGAUUGGCAGACCAAGAUCUUCAAUUGGCUUGGUGCAGCUUACAUCGAGCGCAGAAACUUUGAGAUAUCGGCCACACACAACAUGGACGGCGGCACUUCGUGCAUGUCAGGCCGGACUGGCGCAUAUCGCUCCAAGAUUCUGUCGAGUGAAGCCUUCCUUGAGGGCUUCAAGACAGAGCGCUGGCGCCAGUACAUUCUCAACGCGGACGACGACAACUUUGUCACCCGAUGGCUCGUCAGCCACCAGUGGAAGACCUGGAUCCAGUACGAGCCCGAGUGCGAGAUCGAGACGACCCUGGAGAAUGGUGUCAAGUUCCUGUAUCAGUGCUCCCGCUGGGCUCGCAGCAAUUGGCGCAGCAACUGGACAAGCCUUGUCCGUGAGCGAUACGUGAUUCGUCAGCAGCCCUGGUGCACUUACGCGCUCCACAUCGCUACCUUCACCUCACUGGCUUUUCUCGUCGACCCGCUUCUCUUGGCAACCCUGUGGUGGGGCACCGAGGGCUGGGAGACGGAGACUCGUCAGCGCUUGUUUUGGGCCCAGGUUGUCUUCAUGUUCGCCUACACAAAGGUCAUCAAGCUCAUUGGCCUAUUCCGGCGCAACCCGAGUGAUAUCGUCUACCUGCCAAUUUCCAUUGUGUUUGGUUGGUUCCACGGCCUGAUCAAGCUGUGGGCGCUCUUCACCUUGAACAUGACGUCGUGGGGUAGCCGUCCCGAUGGCGACGUGAAUGAUGCACUACGCAUGUCGCCCCGCCCCGGACGCAGCGACAGCAUCACCACCCCUCUGCCGCGUUUCGAGGACUCCGACCGCAUGAUCGGUUUCCGGAUGCGCAAUACUCAGACCGUCCUGGCGGAAAAGCCAGACUUGCUCACCAACGACAUGCCGCAGAUUGCGACUGUCGCCGGCCUACCAUGAUCGACAGGCAACAAGGACCACCCAGCUGCCGCCUAUCAUUUCAGGACGGCCAUUGUCUUUAGCGACGAUAGCUCAGCCGCGCACCGGU